AUGUCAUAUUCCAGAGCGGAGGGGGUCAAAUGGAAAUACGAUUGUGAUUUUACAUCUCAGAGAAGCUUGAAAGGUACGAUGAGUAAAACGGGUAUCGAAGAUGCUAUGAAGAAUAUAGCGAUUGAUAUGGAAGAUAUCGCCGCGAAAUUCAAUAAUCCUAAUUCAACUUAUCAAUCGAUCGAAUCCAGGAUGGAAGCUCUGAAAACAUGGGAACAAGAAGUCAGUACACAAAUGAAAUGUUUCAAGGUUGAUUUUCCACAAUUUGAUUUUGUAGGAGAAUGGACGUGCCUCGAUGCCGAUACGCAUAGCAGACCUGCCAAUUAA